GGCCAUAACUCUUAUAGAAUCAACUCACAACAGGAAGAAAGAGCUAGCCCAGGUGCUUCUUCAGAAAGUGUUAGUCCGCCACAGAGAACAAGAGAAAUUAAAUAAAGGAAAACCACUAGCAUUUCGAGUGGAAUUUUGGAAUGAAUUUUGAAUGCCUUUUCUUUGUAAAUAUUAGUCUUGUUACGUGGUGGGAAAUGCAAUGGCCAUUUGAACGAAGGCUCUGUAUUUUAAGAGAAUAAGGAUUGUCUGGGCCUCCUGGUGCUGGGAAGUCAACCUUUAUAGAAUAUUUUGGAAAAAUGCUUACUGAGAGAGGGCACAAAUUAUCUGUGCUGGCUGUGGACCCUUCUUCUUGUACUAGCGGUGGAUCACUCUUAGGUGAUAAAACCCGAAUGACUGAGUUAUCAAGAGAUAUGAAUGCAUACAUCAGGCCAUCUCCUACUAGAGGUACUUUAGGAGGUGUGACAAGGACCACAAACGAAGCUAUUCUGUUGUGCGAAGGAGGUGGAUAUGACAUAAUUCUUAUUGAAACCGUGGGUGUGGGGCAGUCGGAGUUUGCUGUUGCCGACAUGGUUGACAUGUUUGUUUUACUACUGCCACCAGCAGGAGGAGAUGAAUUGCAGGGUAUUAAAAGAGGUAUAAUUGAGAUGGCAGAUCUGGUGGCUAUAACCAAAUCUGAUGGAGACUUGGUCGUGCCAGCUCGAAGGAUACAAGCAGAGUAUGUGAGCGCGCUGAAAUUGCUCCGCAGGCGUUCAGGAGUCUGGAGACCAAAGGUAAUUCGUAUUUCUGCCAGAAGUGGAGAGGGGAUCACUGAAAUGUGGGAUACAAUGAAAGAAUUCCAGGAUGUGAUGCUUGCCAGUGGGGAGCUGACUGCCAAGAGACAGAAGCAGCAGAAAGUUUGGAUGUGGAACCUCAUUCAGGAAAAUGUGGUAGAACAUUUCAGGACCCACCCCACAGUCCGGGAACAGAUUCCUCUUCUGGAAAAAAGGGUUCUCAGUGGGGCCCUGUCCCCAGGACUAGCAGCAGACCUGUUGUUGAAAGCUUUUAAAAGCAGAGACUAAUGAAAUACUUCCUAUCCAAUAACUUUAUAUAUCUUUUCAUACAUAUAAAGUUAUUAGAUAGGGUGCACUUCAUUUUAAUAAAGUAUUUUAAUAUUAAAAGUCACUUGCAUGCUUAUAUUUUCAGUAAUUCUCUUGUGGUGCCCUCGGCCUCCUUAUCUGUGAACUGCGCUUGGAAAGUGGAAGAGCGUUAGAUACGGAUGGCAAAGGUCAGGCAGUCAGCAGCAUUUGUAAGGUAACUGCUGUACGUUACUCAGCUCCAUUACUUUCUGUUCUUAUACACGGUGGCCUGUAGGAUGGUGUCUUCUCAUCAGUCACAAGCAGAGAAAGCUGAGGAGGACAGAAAAAGAUCAUGUACCUUAAAACGCUUUCUUUGAUCCUCUAUUCUCUGGGUUUCCAGAGAAAAUGUAAGCAAGAGUGACCACAUUUUUGAAGUCUUACUUGAGGCUAGAAUAAUACACAGUGGGUUUCUAAGAGCUGAAAAUCGUGAUCGACAUUUGGUAUGCCAGACUACCUAGGAAUUUCUGAAAUGGCCAUGUACACGAGUAACAAAACAGUUGGAAUGUGUAGGGAUGUGAACACAGUUUUACAGUCUGUCGUCUAGACUUGCGGACUCCCCACGGUAGGUAGGAGAGCCCAAAGGGAACUGGGGAAAUCAGCCACAAAUAAGGUGGGUUGUAAUCAAAGGUUUUUGCUUCUCUUCCUUCUUGGCCAUUUGACUUCAUAUUAGCAUCUUAAAAAUCUACUUUAUUCUUGAUGGUGAGGAACAAGUUUUGUCCUCUGGAGGAAGCAUGGCACAGUGAUUGAGGGCUUGGGUGCUGGCGUUGGGACUGGUGGGUUUAAACUUUAAACCCAGACCAAGCACUUAUCGGCUUUGUGAGUUUGGACGAAUAACCUACCUUUCUCAGUUUGAGUUUCGUCCCUGGUAAAAUGGAAUUGACAUAUUAACUUUAUAGGGUUGAUGAGGAUAAAUGAGAUAACUUAGGAAACUUGUUUUGCUGUCAUGAUGGUACAUGGGAAAUACUGAGAGUCCUCUUGCCAUUAUUAUUAUUAUGUUAAAGUUAUGAGUAUGUGAAGCUGUACAGACCUUAUAAAAGGUUCAGUUUUCUCCCAUGAUCUUAUUACUACCAUCAUGCUCUUGUGAUAUUUUAUGAUAGUCUUUAAAGCACCCAUUCUAGUUAAUUCUUUGAGUAUAUUUUACACUAUUUGAUGGUAGUUAUAACUGUGUACAUUUGAAUAAAAUCAUUUCUAACCAUAAAAUUUCUCCAUUGCACAAAAUGUCAUUCUAGAACUUUCAAACAUAUUCUAUUCUGAGAAUAUUUGACACAGUAUGUCCGCUUUCAUUGUGACUUACCCUCCUACCUAGAAUCGAAUUUCUUGAUUAUUAUUUUAGCAAGCAUUCCUUUACGUUUUUUUUUUUAAGGUUUGUGUUAUUGGCAUACCUACCUCAUAUUUGAGGAUUAGGAGAAACUUGGAAAGGUCAUCCAGCCAAUUCAUCUAAUUUCAGAAAGGACCACUAUUAAGCCACCCUAUCAGAUGAAAAACUGUUUGUAGAAUCAGAGAAGGAAUUCCAUAACUUCCCUUAGUAAGCCGUUACAGGGAAUGACAAGCCUGUCAUUUGUGGUACAGUGGAAGCCACAGCGGGGCACACGCGCACUGUAUUACAAACAAGGCAGAGAAAGGGUGGCAUUUGUUAGCCCUAAAUUUUUCUAUGCAUUUCAUCUUAGUUUGAACUGCUUUUAAGUGUUAUAAAUAUAGUCAUAAAAAGCAUUAGAAAACCUCCCUUGUGUUUCUUAUGUUGUUGUACCAUUGGCUAUGAUAUAGAGACCAAUUUCCAAGGUAUUAUUUACCUUUAUUUCUGUUAUUUGCUACACUGGAAGCUGUAUAAUAUAGUAAAAGAUUUGUGGCCUUAAAAAAAAAAUUAAUGCUCCCUUUUAUUAAGCUCAAAAAUGCCAUCGCUCCUUCCCACCUGUAAUUCUACUGUGCUGGACCCCUAACCUGGUCAAAAGUACAGGUUUAGAUACCCGCAGAGUCAAAUCUCAGCUUUGUCACUAACCAGCCAUAUGAUUGGGGCGCAGGUUAUUUCUCCUCUGUAUGCACCAGUUUCCUCAUCUGUAAAAUUAGGGUAAGAAUAGCUGCUUUACAGAGUUGUUGAAAUAAUUAAAUGAGAUACUGUAUUUAAAUUGCUUGGCACUCAGUAAUUGGUAGGUGUUGUUAGAAAUGUUACAGUAGGCACUCUUUGUUUUACAAAACAGAUUCUCGUCAUUUAAUUUUAGUUUGGCCAGACUACUUAGUCUCCCUGUGCCUCAGUUUCCUUAUUAUUAAAGGGGUUGACAAUGGUGUUCACCCAGAGUUCCUGAAAUGACUAGGUUAGUUAAUACACAGAGUACCUGAACGUAGUAAGUGCUAAAUAAAUAUUUAACGAUGGAGAGUUGCUACCUCUUAGAGUUGUUGUAAGGAUUAAAUGAGUUCAUCUUCCUCUGUCUUAAAAGGGUAAUUCUUUUCUGAAAAUAAACCUGACUUCGCUUUUGUCAAAAGCAUAAUUACCAUUAAUUUCCGUAGGUGGGUAAAAAUGUGCUGUGUUCCAAACUGAGCUCCAAAAUUGACAGACAUUUUGCUAAAACAAUACCAAAUUUCAAUAAAAUGACUGCACUUUCUUGUACAGGUACAGCCGCAGUUAACAGUAGCUAUCACGGUGCAACCUAGCAGGGAACUGUCUCUUCAUAAUCACCAGGAUGGCUAUUACCUCUUUCCCUAAGCUCUUGUGGCUAUUACCCAGGAUACACUGAAGACAAAAGCUCAUGAACCACAUACAUGUGAUCCUCAGUGUUUAUGUUAUUAAGUCUUUAAUGCAGGAAGAAAACAAAACAGGAAGAAUCAGUGACAACAAUUCUAACAUUGCACUCAUCCAGUAGAUUGCCAUCAUAGAAGUCACGACGCUACUGCCAAGAACUGGUAAACUGCAAGGGCUUCGAGAAGAGAAGCAACUCCUGUGGUCUAUACAUCCAUGCAGAUGGUGGAGCUCAGCUGCUCCUGGGCAGUCCACGUGGGGCUUCACAAGCACAAAUGCUUCCUAAGGCAAACUUUAUGACACUCCUCAUAAAGUCCAGUUCUCCUCACCUAAGGGGUACAUCUUGGGGUGCCACUGUGACCCAUGUAGUGUGUUAGAAAACUCACUAAAUGUCAGCGUCAUUAUUCAGGGAAGACUUGGAAAAUGAUGAGCAAGUCGAAAUUUUCCUUGAAAAAGAACCUUCAGAAUGAGACUCUAGACUAUUUGGCUUUCUUUCCUUCGUUGUAGUAUUUUGGUUACUUGGUUACUAAAUUUAUGAACUUUUAAAACCCAUGCAACAUGAAUUUGUAAUUCCUGCCCCAUGAGGUUUAUGUAAGUACACUUUUUGGUCAUUAGUGGUAUGUUUGAUAACAGAAUAUUAGAAUGGCACAAAAGCUGUUAUACAAUAUUGGAUGCUUUUUUUUGAUUCCAGAAAAAAUUCAACUUGGUCAUGUAAAAUGUAGAUGAUGCUAUUGUGAGUCAAAGUACAUUAAUAUUUACCUGAAAAUUGAUGCAUAGAGGUGCGCUGGGGGCAGAUAAUUUUGCUGAGCCCCCUCAGCUUCUUGACAGAACGAGGUGAGGGCACAUCUAAGUCGGUAAACUCUUCUACUCUCAGCAAGUCCAAAUGCUUAAUCAGUUAAUGUUGCUUUUAACCAACACAGAGGCAAUCAUGCAACCUCGUCCUCAAAGCUCUGUACCGUCCACCUGGCUGAUCUGAGGUGUGGUUAGAAUUCGACAGCGGGAUAUCUUAGGAUGAUAUCUUAAAGCCAUUUAUUGGGCCCAUGUUUUGGUGGCAAAUCUUGUUACAUAUGGAACCUAACUAUUCAAGGAUCAACACUGCCUUCUUAUGAAUAGAGUCACUUUUACACCCAAAUUUUGCUGACUCAGGAUUCCGUCACAUCAGGCAGGACCACAGACCCCUCAAGUACUUUUGGAAGUUCUAGGGGUUCCUCACUGAUUCACCAACAAGCUUAAUUCUUGGGUACAGCUCACUCCCCGCAGGCUUCUGUUGGGCUCCACUGUUGUAGCUGCCGCUGUUCCUGUAGGAGAAUGCUGCCCUGCUUAGAUGGUCCCAAACUGUGAAACUCCUAAGUUGCCGAAAUAGUGCUGCGUUCACAGAGCACAGGAUCCCUGCCUCUCCUCUCACAGGCGCUGG